AUGGCCUUUGUUGCUAUUAAACAGUCAUGGAAAUCCUCGAUAACAACAAGAGAUUAUUUCCAAUGGAUUGAGACUCUUUAUCAUACAGAGCGGAAGUUGGAAACGAUUGAAAAUGAAAAAACUAUCGAGUUGGCUGAAAUAGAACAUAUUAAGAUUAUCCAAACUCGGAAUCACGUAGAAUCGGCAAUGAAAGUUCAUCGGCAAAUUACCGAUGGUAUUGUAACAUUUAGUCAGGAACAAAAUGCAUCUAGUGGAUGUCAUACGUCAGAACGAGAUAUCACACCUGGAGAUGACGAAGAAGAGGAAAGUUCACUCCACGAUACUUUCCCAACGCAUAUUUAUAAGAAACCAGAACCGAAUUCCUUUCUAGUCAGUCCACAAGGAAAGCAUGACCGGGAUAUGGAAGAGAUGAUGACGAAUAUAAUGCGUAUCAGACGAUUGUUGGUGGGAAAAGUAUCGAAUGGAUCAUAA